UUCGAGCCCCGUAAGUCGUUUAGAUGCUCUUUGGCGGUUGGCGCCGCUUGACUUGCCAGUGUGUGACUCUCCAGGCCGAGUGUGUGUGUGUGUGCGUAGUGGUUGUGCCAGCAGAGUUGUUGCAGAACCACCAACUACUAACUUAAAGUCAAAAGCAAAAGCAAGAGACGCGCGGUGAGCAGCAGCAGCAGCAAAACUGAACUGAGGUGAACACAAACAUAAAUGCAAAAAAAAAAAAUCAAAUAAAAAAUAUAACACCGGGACUCAAUAGCUAAAAUAAAAUAGCUCAAUAGCCAAGCGAAUACGGGUUUUUUUUUUCAUCUUCCUCUUCCUCUUGCACAUACAUGCGUACCUGGGCAGAGAUUCAGAGAUUUACCGCCUCCCCCGCCUCCUACACAUCGACAUUGUUGUUGUUGCUGUCGUUCCGCCGUCGCUCUCACGUAAUCCGCCCCCAAACCCCGCACCGCCCCACAAACUAGAUAGACCGAAAAUCGAUUAGCGGCCUCUCUUCUUCUUCUUCGUCAUCAUCAUCAUCAUCAUCUUCGGCGUUCGUUACGUUACGGUUACCGUUACGUCGCCCGCGCGUGUCGCUGUGUGAGCGUGUGCUGGUGUGUUGGUGUGCGUGUGCAAGGUGUGGUGUGUAUAGGAAAUCGAUUGGCAAUUUGAACCGAGUCGAGCUGAGCUGAGCUACUAUUCGCCGCAGUCGCCGCGUGUGUGCCGUUACGCGAUUUUCAACAGAUAUUGCUUUUAUUUUUUUGCCUGUGAAGUCCUCUUAAGAGAGUGUGAUAGCGAAAGAGAGCAACAGAGAGAGAGAGCGAGAGCGAGAGACGAGCUCCUCUAAAACCUCUUCAAACAAAAAAAAAAAAGAAAGAAAAAGCACCGGACAUGGAUAAAUCAGCGGCCACGAACUCGGCCACUGCCGAUGGCCAAAACGAGGCAGCAGCAGCAGCAGCAGCAGCUGGGUGUGGCAGCAGCAGCAACAAUAGCAGCAGCGGCAGCGGUAGCAAUACCACCACCACCAGCAACAACAACAACAACAACGGCGACUUGCAGCGUUUGGCAACAACAUCCUCAUCAGCAGCAGCAGCAACAACAACAAGUGCCGUGGUGGCAUCCCCAAUGACGAUCAACCUGAACAUCAGCACCACCACCGGCGGCAAUUUCGGCGUCAGCGUCGAGCCGUUCAUCAGCGUGGAGAGCCUAAAGAAGAUCAUCGCCAAGAAGCUGAAGGUGGCCAAGGAUCGCAUCUGUCUGCUGCACCGCGAGAAGGAACUUCAGGAUGGCACGCUCAGAGAUCACAACUUAAUGGACGGAUCCAAGAUCAUUUUGAUACCGAACGUGGAAACUGGUUUAUUGGCUCAGCGUCCCGAGAACACGGUUAUGCAAGCGCUGGAAUCGCUUAACGACUCGCAGGUUAAUGACUUUCUUAGCGGCAAGACCCCGCUUAACCUGAGCAUGCGCCUCGGCGACCACAUGAUGCUCAUCCAGCUGCAGCUGAGCACGGUCAAUCCGGCGGGCGGCGGUGCCACAGUGGCCACGGCCAGCGGUGGUGCUAGUGGUUCCACCAGCACCACAGCUGCUGCUGCCGUCAACACAACGUCAUCGGCGACCGCCAUGCCAGCUGGUACUGGCUGCUCCAGCGCCACAUCCUCCUCUUCGUCCUCCUCCUCCUCCUCAUCGUCGGUGGUGGCAGGAGGCAGCGGAAGCACUGGAGCCGGUGGCGCCACCACCUCGUCGUCAUCCACAUCCUCGUCAUCAUCGUCGACGAGGACGCGCUCUUCUGGCCAGCGAUCAAGUGGAAGAAUCGGCCAUGGACAUGUCCACAGCCACCAGCAUCCGAGUCUACAUGCUGUCAACAUGCAUGACAUGGGCCACAGACACGGUCAUGGUCAUGGCCACAGCCACGGACAUGGACAUGGGCACAGCCAUCACCAUCAUCAUCACCACCAUCACCAUCAUUAUCACAACGCUUCGGCCGUGGCUGCGGGCAGCGGCGGUGGGAUGUCCUCGUUGCGCAAGAUGUACGGCGAUUUGCCCAGCUCAUCUGGAGCAGCUGGUUCUGGGGCACCUGGAACUGGCACUGGCCAGGCCCAAAGUUCGUCCACGCUCAAUGGACCCGAUCUCACCAAGCUGCUGAUCAAGGGCGGCAUUCAGAACAUCAUGCAGAAGAGUUUCGCCUUGAAGGAGGCAAGCGGUGGUGCUGCAACUCGUCCUGUGGCCAAUGGUGGAUCCGGCUCGAGUCCGGGCAAGCCGGUGCUGGAGCAGUCGCCCAUCAAAUCGCUGUCGAAUCUCGUGUCCAGUCCCAUCAAGAUGACGGCCAUCAAAAACAUUCCCCUGCCCACAACGGCUGCCGCCAGUUCCAGUUCCAGCUCGAGUUGCAGCUGCAGCUCUAGCUCUUCGGCCUCCGCAUCAUCGUCAUCCUCUUCCAGUGGAGCCUGCACCACCAUUGGCGGCUGCCAGCAGGAUCCCAUAGCUGCCAAGCUGACCUCAUGCUUGUGCACACGUCUACCCACGCCGUCAGUGGCUCCGCCGGUGGCCUCCCUGGUCUCACCCAGUGCUCCUCUAACCAGAUCCGGCUCCACGAGCUCAUCCGGCAAGUGCCAGGAAUCGAGUUGCAGUGGGGCGAGUGCCGGAUACGCAGCACGUUCGACUGCCUCGGGCGCAGGCGUCACCUUCUCGGGCAAUUCGAUGCUGCACAAGACGGGUAAUAAUCGCAUCACCAGGACCAAGCAUCGUCACUAUCACGGACAUGGCCACAGUCACGGACAUGGACAUGGUCAUAGUAGCAGCGGCAGCAGCAGUAGCAGUAGCCACUUUUACCAUCACGGCUGUGCCGGCAACCAGUCUUCGGUUAACGCAGCCGCCAUAGCCUCGUCUUCCUCAUCCUCUUCCUCCUCAUCGUCGUCCUCCUCGUCGCGUCGCAAGCUGGAGCAGGCCAUGACAGCCGGAGCAGGAGGAGGAGGAGGAGGAGGAGCAGGAUCAGCAGCCACAACCACAACGGCAGCGGCAACGGUGGCCCUCCCAGCCAGCGCCACCGCCACCGAAGCCGACGACUCCCUGCUGGGUGUGUCGGACACCAGAACUCUGGCCGAGGCAUCGCGAAAUCUCACCCAGACAUUGCGCAAACUCUCCAAGGAGGUGUUCACCCACAAGAUCGAUCUAUCCGGGGCCGGCGUGGUGACCAGCAGCCGUAGCUCCAGCAGUGGAACAGCCUCAAGUGGAUCGGCAAGUGGCGAGGAGGCACCGCGCAAGGGCGGAUCGGGAGCCGUAAUCGAGUCGAUGAAGAACCACGGCAAGGGCAUCUAUUCGGGUACCUUCUCGGGCACUCUGAAUCCGGCGCUGCAGGAUCGCUAUGGACGACCCAAACGCGACAUCUCCACCGUGAUCCACAUUCUCAACGACCUGCUGAGUGCCACACCGCAAUAUGGACGUGGUGCCCGCAUCAGCUUCGAGGCCCCCACAACUGGAUCGGUCUCGGGAUCUAGUUCGGGAUCCGGCAGCAGUGGAUCCACCUCAACGACGUCCUCCAGCGGGGGAAUGCAUCACGGAUCACGCAGCAAAAUGUACUCUUCCAAGCACCACAAUUGCGCCAAGUGCAACAGUCGCGCCCAGCAGCAGCAGCAGCAGCAACAACAACAACAACAACAACAACAGCAGCAGUCGGCGGCUCUGGCCACCGGAGCCGGAGGAAGUUGCUCCUUCCGCGACUGUCCCAGCUAUCACUCCUCCUCCGCCGCCGCUGGCGCCUCAAAGGCGUCCGGCAGCUCCAAGUCUUCGUCUCACAGCUGCUGCCAGGCUGAGCCAGCAAGCUCACUGGCCAGUCAAACCAACGGCUGCAGCUGUCGCUAUCGCCGGGAUGAUGGACAGGGACAGGGAGAACGGGAGCGUGAGCACACGUGCCAGAAGUGUACCGUGGAGCUGGCCAACAUGAAGACCCGCUCGAAGAUGGACCAGCUGCGCCUGGUGAUGCAGCAGCACAAGCAGAAGCGAGAGGCGCGCAAGCUGAAGAGCGGCCCCUAUGCCACGCCCGGCACAGCUUCGGCGGCCGAGAACCUCUCCUCGACGGCAGCCGGCGGUACAGCCGCCGUUUCAAUGGGUGGAGCGGCAGCCCAGUACAGUGCCGUGAGCGCCCUGGUGGCCACGCCCCUGCAACAAGCCGCUGCGCCCGUCCAGGCGGGGAAAGCUGCACCCGCGAGCAACAUCACAGGCAACAACAACAACAGCAGCAGCAACACCAAUGCCAACAGCAACACUUCGACGGCACCCGCAACAGCAGCCGCCGCAGCAGCAACGGCAGCACCACCCAGCGAAGUCUCCCCCAACCACAUUGUGGAGGAGGUGGAUACGGCGGCCUAAAGGCAGCGGCACCACCAUCAGCUGGAGCAACCACCAGCCCCGCUGACAUUAUCCUAUUUUGUAGCAUUUACUAGUUUACGCAGCAGCAACAAAGAAAGAAGAUCAGAGGAGAGAUGAAGAUGAAGAUGAAGAUGGUUAGGGGAUUUGAAGAUGGAGAUGGAAGAUGGAGAUGAAGACGCAGGACCAGUAGAAGCAGAAUGGGCAAACAAGAGAAACUAGAACCACAACUAAAGCUUAUAUUAAUCUAGAGUUAGUGCAUAACAACACCAAUUCUUAUGUUCGAACACCCGCUCGUUCAAUAUUCCCACCUUCAAAAUGAGGCAAAAGGGGAAUGGGAGCGCCCGGAAAGUCGAUAAGCUGUUAAAUUAAUUUUAAGAUCCUUUAACACACACCCUCUUCAGUCCAUGCCAACAAAUUUUGGAAACACUUGGAGUGAAUAAUUCAGCUUCUGGAGGCGAAAUCCUUUAAUGUUUUGUAAAUUAAAUUUAGUGAAAUUUUUUGUGUGCAUCCCAGGCAAACGCAAAUUCAAUUGCGAAAAAUCCAGCAAGAGCGGAAAAAAACAAAGAAAGAAACGCGAAUCAUAAGAAAAAGGAAAGAAAAAACCUAUUAUGGAAAUGAUUAAUAUAGAUUUAAAUGUAAAACGUAUACACACACAGACUAUGCUGAAUGAAUUGUAAGCCAAAGCGGUGGCAAAUUUUGGUAGAACUAAAACGAAAUUUAGAUUUAAUUUUAGACACACCAAAUCUAACACACACACAACACGAUCACACACACACACCUGGCUUUGGCAGCUUUAUGUUAUGUUUAACUUUAAUCAACGACAGAAAGAAAAUCUGCACAUGCAAAUGCGACUGCAAAGUGGCGCUUUAACCUAAUUUGCCUUAAUAGAAAAUCGUUUUUCACCUAUUACUUUUUUUUGUAUACUUUAUCACCAAGAAUGUGUUUCGAAACGCGCCGGGGAAAAAACGAGCGACGAAUUGAAUUUUGUUCACCUACACCUAUACUAUUGAAUUAGUUAGUAAGACUAUGUUUUCUAUUCAUUUUACAAUUACCUUUACACGUAUAAUUACCGAUUGGAUUAGUUUAAUAAGUUGCGCAACAGAAGCGUCUAAGAAGCAGCAAGUAACGCUAACUUAGCUGUAGAAUUAUAAUUUAAACACAAGCAAUUACUAUUUUUUUGUCCUACACUAACUAUUAUCCAAUUCAAAUAAUGCAAUUAGUUCUAGGCGAGUUUAACUUUUGAGUUGGUUUCAUUUGUCUUUGCCUUGUGUGCACUACAACUACUUGAUUUCAAUAAAUGUUUAGUAAAUGGUUUAGUUAACUAAAUUAUACUUUGUUUAUUAUUUUCGUUGGAUUUCGGUUGCUUUAUUGUUAUUAUUAUUAUUUUCAGCUUAUUUUCGGGCUGCGUCUUGUGCAAUACAACCACACUCUAGACAAAAACACACUCGUAAACGAAUAAGAGAUCGAAUGAGCAAGUGAACAUCAAGUAUUUUGAUUUGAUUGACUCUUUUUAGAAAUGAUGUGCCAAUUGCAAAUCCAAAUACAUGUGCGUAUAUAUGUGGAACCCUAGUAAGAAUUGUAAAUUAUAUAUAUAUAUAUAUAAAUGUAUACCCUAUACCUAACCUAUAUAUAACCUCCUCACACACACACACUCGAGAAGCAAGAGGAGUAUCGAACUAAUUGAAACUUUUUAUCAAAGAAAAACCCAACUUGACAGACAUAUAAAGGCUUCAAGAAAUAUGUUUGUAAGUCGUAGUUAUUAAGUGCUAAGUAAAAGUUAUGUGCAAUUUAUACAAACAUCCGUUUCUGUUUCUAUAGUUUCCCUUCUAUACCCCUAUUUAUAUAUCUAUAUUCGUAAAGCUUUCCAUCUAUCUCUACAUAACGAAUUCGGUAGUUAUAUUAGCAUUAGGAGACACAUAAGUUCGAUGUACGAUAACAAAUCUAGAGUUAGGCUUAGACGAAGGGCACCAAAGGCAGGAUAUAUCGAUAAGGAUGAGGAAAAAGAAUGGAUGAACAGAA